AUGGAAAAACUCAAACUAAGUACCAACAUGAGAGCAAGAUCAGAUUUAUCUUUUAGUCAAUUUCUACUUAGAGUGGGCAACAGAGAAGAGCCAACAACAGAAGAAGAUAAUAUAAGACUCCCAAAUGAGAUGAUAAUACCAUACAAUGCUAAAGAGGACAGCGAGACGGCCUUGAUUAAUGCAGUAUUUUCUAAUCUAAAGGAAAACUCAUCAUCACCGGAAUACAUGAUGAACAAGGCUGUGGAUGAUACAAAUAACUACUACCAAGAAGAAUUCUUAAAUACUCUGCUACCUAACGGUCUUCCACCACACAGACUUGAGCUGAAAAUUAACUGCCCGAUCAUACUACUAAGAAAUUUAGACACGGCGAACAGACUGUGCAAUGGAACAAGAAUGGUAUGCAAAAAGUUCGACAAAAAUGUAAUACAUGCAGAAAUAACGGUCGGACAGCACAGGGGGAACAAGUUUUAUUACCAAGAAUUCCUUUAUCGCCGGCAGAAAAUGAAGGAUACCCAUUUCACUUCAAAAGGAAGCAAUUCCCAAUAA